AUGCCUGCGUGCGCCGAAGAGAGCAUGAGCGAAGUGUGGGCCAACCGGCAGCUGCGACGGGCCGGCAGCGUGCCCGGGGACAUCCACAGCACGAGCCGUAGCAAUGGGUCGCUGCCCUCGUCUCCGGUGUCCUCGUCUCCGCCCGGGGCGUCCUCGCCCACGCACGCCCCGCUCUCCUUCUCGCGCUCCAGCACACCGUCCGUGUCGCGGCGGGGCAGCGCCCACUUCGCCUCGCCCGGCCCCAGCCGCCCGGCCUCCCCCAUGGUGCCCGUGCCGGACCCCGAGCGCAGCAUCCUCGUCAAGAUUAUCGGCUGGUACCCGGCUCUGCUUCUGAGGUUCGCGCAGCACAUCGUGUCCACCGCGCUGUACCUGCUGUGGAGCCAGCUGCUGCUGGCGGGGCCCACGCUGUGGCUCUCCAUCUGGCUGUGGGUGUUUUGGAAGACGAUUCAGCUGCCGCUGAUCCUCGUCAAGUGGUUCCUCAUGCUGCUGACGACGCCCGCGGCGGAGCGCGGCCGCAAGAAGCGCACGGUGCUCGUCAGCUGCGGGAGCACCAUCCAGGCGCUGCACCUCGCGCGCAACUUCUACUCGGCCGGCGCGCGCGUCGUCGUCUGCGAAGUGGAGGGGCUUUUCGGGCUGGCGCGCUUCUCCACCGCCGUCUCCAAGUUCUACACCGUGCCGCGGCCGUCGGGGGAACGCUCGCAAGAGUACGUGCAAGCGCUGUGUGACAUCGUCAGAAAAGAGAAGGCUUCUUACUACAUCCCGGUCUCUGCCACCAACACGGCUUACUUCGACGCCUUAGCUAAACCGCACCUGGAGCAACUCAACUGUGUCGUCUUUUGCCCCGGAGUGAAAGAAAUCUGGAUUUUGGACGAUAUUCUCGAAGUGCUACGUCGCUGCCACGGAAACGGCAUUGCUACCCCUCUCUUCUACCCCAUCACAUCCAAGGAAGACAUCGCAAAAUUGUACGAUAGUGGACUCUUACGUACGGGCCGUUAUUUCAUGUCUAGUGUUGGAGCGUUGGGUUGUCGAGAUCGGUUCAAGAUCAACCUUCCUCCGUUCAGGCAGGAAUUCCGCAUGCCCUACGAGAUAAACGAGCAGCGGCCGUGGGUGAUCGUGCAGGACCUGCCCGGCGAGCACUUCCUCACUUGCACCACCGUCAAGGAAUCGCACGUGGUGGCGAACGUGACGUGCCGGGUGGACCGCGAGAGCGGUGGCCUGGUGCCCGUGGAGGACGAGGACAUCAACCAGUGGCUGCGCCAGUUCUUCAGCAAGCUGCGCGUGCUGCGGCAGGUGUCGGGCCACGUGAGCUUCCGCUUCGUGGUGUCGGAGGUGAGCCGCACGCUGGUGCCCGUGGGGUGCCGCGUGGGCGUGUCGCUGCCGUACGUGUGCCACACCAGCGUGCACCCGCGCCUCGUGUGGCGGCCGUGCCGGCACUUCAGCCGGCAGGCGUCGGGCCCGCUCGUGACGGACGCCGGCACCUACUGGAUGCACGAGGCGGUGCUGAGCACCCUGCGCCGGCCCAGCGUGGCGGCCGUGCAGCGGCUCAUCGGCACCGUGCUGGACAAGCGCGAGGCGCUCUUCGUCUUCUGGGACCCGUUGCCCUACUGCGCCUACUACCACCUGCAGCUGCCCUUCCGGAACGUGCUGGGCUUCGUGCAGGGCCACAACAGGCAGAACGGCCGCAACGGCUUCCACCGCACGAUGGCGGCGCCGGCGCAGUGA